UUGCGCAGCGCGUCUAUUUUCGUACGUGAUAGGUGGCAGACAUUUUGUUUUGACGUCUUGACGCAGACGAAUUUUGUGUGCUUGAAAUGCCUUUGAACGCCUUCGGCUGGUCAAGCGAAGAAGACGAAACAUUGGUAGAAUUAGUGCAACCUCACACCCAUUUGUAUAAUAUUCAAGAUCCAUCAAGAAAAAACAUUUUAGCGCGGGAGACGACAUGGCGUACCAUCGCUCAAGCUCUGAGCAAACCAGUUGAGGAAUGCAAGAAACGAUGGCGAGGACUUCGAGAUGGUUAUAUGAGGAGUAAGAGGGUUGGUGCAGUACACAGGACAAAAGCCGGUGUCUUUGAGAAGCUGCAAUUCCUUGAUGGACUAUCCACGGACAGUGCAGAGGAAGUACUUGAAGAGGGUAUUAUUAUGGAGGACGGACAUCAGCUAGAAGAAACUAUUAUGGACACGGAGCAAGUUAUAACUGAUAAUCAGGAGUAUUAUGAGAUAACUGUGGUAGACGGACCUCAGAAGCCAUCAGACAUCAUAAAGAAUGAACCAUUCAUUAAAAUCCUGCCCAAGACUGUACCAGAGAAGAAAAUUGUCAAGAAGAAUGUUGGCAGAAAGAAGUCAACUCCGAUGCCUCGGAACAUAGCUCCAAUAAAAAUACUACCGAAGCCUAUAUCCUGCUUGAUGAGUGGACCCAAGAUUGUGGGGUAUGUUGAGGAUCAGAAGACCCCGGAGCAACGGUCACAAGUGAUAGACAAACUUAUAGAGAAAGUUCUAAAAGAAAACACGAAUGAAAUUGACGUGUUCUUUAGAAGUAUGGCGGCAAGUGUUAAGAAACUGCAACCGAAUUUGAUUCCUAAAGUGAAAAUGGAAGUGUGCAAUGUCAUUGCUAAAUAUGAGAUGCAGAGUUUUGACAGACAUAUGCAAUAACUUUAAUAAACAAUUUUAAUGUUUGUGCUAAUAAUAAUUCUUAAGGUUAUUUAUAGUACCUACUGCCAACUUUUCCAAAAUGAGUACCUAAUACAGAGACUUGAAGAUUAAUUAGAAACUUGAAGUAAAAUUGUGAGUGUGUAAGUAAUAAAUAGGUACCUAGUUAUUGUAUUAAUACAUAAUAAUUUACUGUAACAUACAAAGUAUGUAACACGUUAAAAGAUUUAAAUGUUUAAACUAUGAAUUAUAGAAUAAUUACUUGUAAACUUAA